AUGGGAAUUGUAGUCUGUCGUGUCAAACUCUCACGACACAACCACCGCUUUACGGCAGUCGACGAACUACAGACUCGCAGUGGCCUGACCUUCUGAGGGACUCGCCAAGAAAGCAUGGCUGCACGGGCACUUACGAAAGGGCUUUGGGGGAUUCGACCCUCGCGGGCUGUGGCGGCCGGCUACCCGUGUGCUGGUCACCUGUACAACACCGCAGCGUCCGCCGAACCCACCCAACUCAAAGUUGACGAUGCUUCAGACAAGAUAAUGAAACAGCCACUUAAGAAGCCGGACUUCUUCCGGGUGUCGGAGCUCUUCUCGUUGAAAGACCUUUUCGACGCCAGGGUGCACCUGGGCCAUAAGAAGGGGUGCAGACACAGGCUCAUGGAGCCGUACCUCUACGGCUGCCGCUUGGAUCAAGACAUCAUUGACCUCGACCAGACUGUGGAGCACCUCCAGCAAGCCCUGAACUUCACCGCCCACGUGGCGUAUCGCGGCGGCAUCAUCCUGUUCGUCAGCCGCCAGCGGCAGUUCGUCCACCUGGUGGAGAACGCGGCCAAGAGCUGCGGCGAGUACGCCCACACGCGGUACUGGCAGGGCGGCCUCCUCACCAACGCCCACAUCCAGUACGGCCCGGGCGUCCGCCUGCCGGACCUCGUCGUCUUCCUCUCCACCCUCAACAACGUGUUCCAGCCGCACGUGGGCAUCCGGGACGCGGCGAAGAUGAACAUUCCCACGGUCGGCGUGGUGGACUCGAACUGCAACCCGUGCCUGGUGACCUACCCGGUGCCGGGGAACGACGACACGCCGUGCGCCGUGGAGAUGUACUGUCGCUUGUUCACCAUGACCAUCAACCGCGCCAAGGACACGCGCAGACGGAUGGAGCUGCUGCACGGGAUUUCGGCGCCGCCCGCAUCGAGCUCGUGACAUAAUAUAUUCUGAAACCGGAGACAUUGAAGAAAAAAAAAAUGCAUUAAAAAAAGAACAAAUCAUCUGUGGCUUCCUUUCAUCAUUGCAUUUGGAAGAUAAAAUGUGAUGCAAGAGUUCAGGGCUGGCAGGACGCCGUCUCUGGGCUAAACAGAUUUUCUUUUUAAUGAAUUCUGGUUUAUCCAUUUAUUGUUCUACUCCCAUGCCGGUGCAUCCUCGGCUUGAGGCUUGGUUUUCUGGUUUGUUUACGUACCAUUCGUGUGAAAACUGAGCGCCUGGAGGGAGUUUCACAUCCAUUUGUACUCAAUAAACUGAUUAGUAUUUGACGGUCAAGGUCACUGUGGCUGCACAAAACACAAUUGGCCCACAGCUCAAGUUCAUAUGCAAAUGGUCAACUAAAAUGAGUUCUAAUUGUAGAGUGUAAAUGUAAAUGUGCAGCACUAACGGAACAAGAUCUCAUGGUUAUGUGGACAAACCAUCAGGAUGAUCAUGUUGGUAGAAGCUUAAGUUUACA